AUGACUUCAAGUCUCGAGUACAAGUUUGGAAUUAGAAUCAAGUACGACAAAGAGAUCGAGCUUGAAGAAGUCCAAGCUAGACGUAAAGUUGAGAUCGAAGUUGAAAUUAAAAACAAAGGCAAAUGUGUUCAAAUUGAAGGUGAUGCUGAAGUAACUGAAAGGGCAAUAGUUGUAUCUGAGCCAACAAAAACUCCAGAAACUAAUAUUCUUGAUCCUUGUCCUAUAUCUUCAGUCUCUGGUGUGUUUGAUGUUGAAGUAGAAGAUGAUGAUGUAGAUGACGAUGAUGAAGAUGAUGAAGAGGAUGAUGAAGAAGAAAAUGAUGAUGACAUAAUGAAAGAUCAUGCAGACGAUGUUUAUUCUGCAAGUAGUGAUCAUGAUGAUGAUCAAGGUUCUACAGGCAUUAAAAUCACUGAAGCGUCUAAUGAAGAAAAGAUUGACGAAUAUCUUCAUGAUGAUGCUAAUGAAGAACCUGAGAAUGCUGAAGGUGAGGGGGAGCCUGAUGAUACAAAGAAUGUUGAUGAAAGUGAAGAUCAUGUUACAAGACUGAUUCUACGUCUUGAACAUGGUGUAGAGGAAGGAGAAUACUUGCAUACUUAUAACCUAGCUGAUAUCGUAAAGAUGACGCAUGUUGAUGAAAUUAAUUUCAACUUUGAUUUUGAAGAGGAGCUGAAUCAGUUUGAUAUUAAUCAGCAGCCUGAGUAUCAGUACAAAUAUGUUGAAGAUGCUGAUAUCUAUGACAGAGUUGAAGUAGAAGACUGUAGUGAUGAAGAACAGUCUGAGAAUAUAAAUGUUGAUACUUCUAACCUUCUGACGCUUGCAGAGUUUUUCAGUCAGGCGAAUGAAGAUGAGUUGAGAAGGAAGGUUACGGAAAGUGUGAAGAAUAAAAGUUUUAAUGAAAUGUCGAAAGAAGAGCAGCGCGAAGAACGCAAGAAAUGGUUCAACAAAGAUACUGAGAGAAAAUUCAAAAGACUGUUGAAGUUUAACAAGAGAGACAGAGAAGUGUCUUUGGGAGAUAUAAUCAGUUGGGGGUAUUUACCUCAGGUGAAUGCAUAUGCGGUCCGAAGAGAGUUUGGGGUUCAAUAUUUCACGUAUAUUCAAGACAUAAUGUCUCUGCCAAGGUGGGACGUAGAAGAAUUACCCAAGGUCAGAACAUUAAUGUUUCCUAUCAGAGAACGUGAUAUGCCUACUUGGGGAUUAAUGAAGUUCGAAGCGAUCAAAGAUUUCAAACACUGGAAGCGGCACUAUCCAAAGAAAGUUUUGGUGCAUCCAGAAUAUGCAGGUAUGAAGAUUGACCAAAGCCAGAUUCCGAUAUCUGAGCAGAUGGUGAUUUCCAGACUACGAUCCCAGUACAUUGAGAGGGGGAGUCUGAAGGCAUCAAGAGAGAAUUUUGAAGAUGCAGAAAUUCAGUUUGAGUUUCUAGAAGAAAAAGAUAGAGAUUGUUUAAGGAUGCUUAAAUUGAAGAAUACUUCGAAGAAUAGCACAAAGACUGAUAAAGACUGA